AUGCUUUGUGAAGGAAGACUGCUGAGCAUGACUUAUGAUGAGUUGGAGGAGGUGGACCACCAGUCCACUCAAAAGGCUUUCCACAGUGCCCACAGGGCAGCUGAAGCCUCUGCCACGCUAAACUCUACCAGUCCGGCUUCACUCGUUCAUCACAGCCUCUCAUUGCAGACAGAAGGUGCAACCACAGGUGCUUCAGUGGAGUUGAACAUUUCCCCCUUGCAGUCCUUUACUCUCCAGGGAGUCCAUACGAGCAGACAGAUAUCGUCAAAGAUAGAAAUCCCAGUCCAAGCACACUCGGGAGGUGAACCCCCCUUUUUGGUUCCAUCCUUCUGUGAGAGCAUCUGUAAGAACUACAGCGACCUCCACAUCGGAGGUGAGCAGGUGCUGCCUCUUACAGCCAGUGAUGGUGAGCUGCGGGUCGGUAAUGAAGCUCAGGCUGUCGGUCCUUUCCUCCAAUCAUGUGAUGUCCCCUCAGCUGUGGAGGCUUCACUGCCAGAGCAAACGUCUAAUGGUCUGCUGCAUCCGCAGAGGAGAGGUUCAACUCACUGGCGACAGGGCAGCGGCCGUGAUCGAAGCUUUUGGUUCCAGGGCCAUGAGGGUCCUUUCUCCAACUCCCUUCUGAAUCACUACCUGGAGCAAAAACUCAUGGAUCUGUACCAGCAGUAUAUGAUGGAGAACAUGGUGCGAGACAGGGCCCCGGGUUCAGAUUCGGAUGCUGGCAUCAUUUGUCCUCUGCUGUGCUCAGACCUUGUGCUCACCAGCCUCGAUCAGAUCACUCUGCAGCUCAGUCGUGAGGGGAACCUGGAGGCCGGGCUGGCCAAGGACAUGGUCCUGAGCUGCCUGAAGCGGGUGACCAGUGACCUGCAGUCUGGGGAGAUCAGCACGCCCUUUCUGCAGAUUUCAAAUGAAGCAUCUAGAGAUCAGCUCACAGACACAAACAGGAGGAACCAUGAAGCUGAUCCUCUUUAA